AAGAGGGUCGUUAUAACCGAGUUCUGCGUGCCAGGUCCGUCUGGUGCUGGGCUUCUCGCCGCCAGAGGCUGGUGGCUCGUCACACUCCUGCCCCUGAACUUGGUCCUAAUGGCGGCCCGCCCAUCCCUCGCUCGGAGCUUGGGUAUCUGGGCCUCGCCGAAGCCGCCAGAGGUGGCUGCGCGGCCUUCUAGCGCCCAGGCCCACCUCCCUCCUAUGGCAGCGCGGUCAUCUUUUCUGCUCUAAAGAACUUGUCCUGACAACCUUCUGCGACCGAUCUUGCUUUCCCAAACCCAGAAGACAGUGCUUGAAGGCAGGGGACAUCAGCCAUGCUCGAAACAACUUGGCCUCAGGAGUCAGUGGCCUUUGAGGAUGUGGCUGUGUACUUCACCCAGAAUCAGUGGGCUAGUCUGGACUCUGCGCAGAGGGCCCUGUACAGGGAGGUGAUGCUGGAGAAUUAUGCAAAUGUAGCUUCCUUGGUAGGGUUUCCAUUUCUCAAACCCAUGCUAAUCUCCCAGCUGGAGAAGGGGGAAGCACCAUGGGGCCCAGAUCCCUGGGACACAGAUGUUCUGAGAGGCAUCAUUGCAGAUGGUGAGUCCUGGAUCAUGAAUGAAGAGCCAGUUAUAAAGCAGGAGGCCUCUGAAGAAAUAGAGUUGCACAGAGCACCAGUAGGAGGACUUUGCAGAAACAGUUUUCAGCACUUUGAUUUUAAAAGCAAGGCAGUACGGCAGACUUUUAGUCUAAAUCCAAAUCUGAUACUUCGAGGUGGAAUGAAGUUCUAUGAAUGUAAAGAAUGUGGGAAAAUCUUCAGAUAUAACUCAAAGCUUAUUCGGCAUCAGAUGAGUCAUACUGGAGAAAAGCCCUUUAAAUGUAAGGAAUGUGGCAAAGCUUUUAAGUCCAGCUAUGACUGUAUUGUACAUGAGAAAAACCACAUUGGAGAAGGGCCCUAUAAAUGUAAGGAGUGUGGCAGAGGUUUGAGUUCCAACACAUCCUUGACUCAACAUCAGAGGAUCCACACUGGAGAGAAGCCCUACGAAUGUAAGGAGUGUGGAAAGGCUUUCUAUAGGAGUGCAGCUUACCUUCAGCAUCAGAGAUUGCACACAGGGGAGAAACUCUAUAAAUGUAAGGAAUGCUGGAAGGCUUUUGGUUGUAGGUCACUUUUUAUUGUCCAUCAGAGAAUACAUACUGGAGAGAAACCUUACCAAUGUAAGGAGUGUGGCAAAGCCUUCACUCAGAAAAUAGCCUCCAUACAGCACCAGAGAGUUCACACUGGGGAGAAGCCUUAUAAGUGUAAGGUGUGUGGGAAAGCCUUCAAAUGGUAUAGAAGUUUCGUUCAGCAUCAGAAAUUGCAUCCUGUGGAGAAGAAGCCUGUCAAGGUUCUUGGGUCCCCUCUGGUCAGUCCCCAGUGCCCCUCUCCAGCCUUAUCUCCUAUUCCUCUCCAGGGGUCAUGCUGGGCUCCAGCUAUGGCUGUGCCUUCGCUCACCUUUCCACGUGCUAUGUUCAUUCCUACCUCUGGGCCUUUGUUCAUGCUGCUGCCCACAUCUGGAAUACCUUCUUCACCCACCCAAAUAGUACAUGUCUUCCAGGGUCUUACUUCCACUGUGAAGCCUUCCUCGAUUAUUCUGACCCCUUUUCACCCAACAUGAGCUUUAUCUCGGUGUUCCUAUGGCUCUUACCCAACAAAUCUUCAACCUAAUUUAUGUUGCAUUUGUAUUUUUUCCCCGCCUUACGUUUGUUACAACUCUUUCAGCAUAAACUUCAUUGUAAUCUAUAUACAUUUAAAAUAUUGUGUUUAUAUAAUAUAUUCUCUUCUGGGUAGAAAAUGGAAAUACUUAACCUUUGCAUUGUUCCCUAUUAUGCUUGAGCAGUGGUGGCUUUAUCUGCAUCAUAGGGUUGCGGGGGUGUUAGAAGUGCUGAGAGGACACUUCAGUGUGUUAGGGGAGUUUGGGAAAGUGGACAUGCCUGCACUAGGACAUUGUGAUUACAGAGAAGCAACCUGGAAGAAACAGGAGGAGGCAUGCCAGACCUGUGGAAGUAGAGAAUUAGGAUAGGUUUCCAACAAUGAACUUUAGAAAUCAAUACGGAUUGUUUGGUGAGCCAGUGGCUAGGAGGUGUGUUUAUACAGCUGAAGGUGUGUUGCCCUUGACAUGGGUCAUUGAGGAUUCUAUAUAUCUAUGCAAAAAAUAAUGUGGAAAAACAGUAAAAAACAAAAGUAUGUGUUGAUAGCAAUCAUUUAUGUGAUUGAUAGCAAUUGUAAACAAAUGUCUUUAAAUAUAAAAGGUAUUUUUCCUUGAGUUUUGCUCUUGAUAUCUAGAUGUUUCUUUUAACUUUGGUUUCCUAAGUGAACCUAUGCAAAGGCAUUCAUCUUUGUUGCAUCUGUUGUGUAAAUUGUCCUUGGUGGGUAUUCUGGUUUUCUUUGUGGAAGCACUGGCUUCUAUGUUUUAUUUUUUUCCAGAUACCCUGAAUUAUAAACACAAAUCUGGUGAAUUACUAAAGAAAUAAAAGCAAUACCAGUUGGGAGAAGUCUGAGUAAGCCUCCGAAAUUGUUUUUUAGAAAUAAAGGGGGCCGUGUGGUGAGACAGUGGUGAGGCUUGUGUAGUGGAUUAGUGAAAUGGAACUUUGUGGUUAUUUUGGAUAUUGGCACGAAAUAAUGGCAUGCUAUAAAACAGGAAAAUACAGAGGAAGAAAA